AUGGCUCCUGCUGGUUGCGUUCAUGGUUGCGUUCUGGUUGUUCUGGAUUCUGCUCUUACCACACCGCUGCAUAUUGCUUGCUGGGUGUACUACUUUGGGGGCAAGUGGCGUGUUGCUGGUAUAUGUCUUGGUGGGUUUUUGUGUUUGGUUGUUGGGCGCACCUCUGGUGGGGCAUGUGGCAUGUGCAGGUUUUGUUUUGCUGGUGCUUGCUUUGGCUGCUAUGUCUUUAUGGUGGCUGUGCUUGAUGCUGCGGCUGAUGAUGUCGUGUGUUGUUCUGCUUG